AUGGCGCGCGUUGGGCGCGUCGGGUUCCUCGCCCUCGCGGUGGUCUUCCACCUGAUCUAUACAUAUUCCAUUUUCGACAUAUACUUCGUCAGCCCCAUCGUGAGUGGCAUGCGCUCCUUUGGCGUCGAUCGUCCUGCCGGAACAAGCGCCCCCUCCGAACGUCUCGUCCUCUUCGUCGCAGAUGGCCUGCGCGCCGAUAAGGCCUUCCAGGCCUUCCCCGAUCCCUCCCCCGAAAACCGCGCCGAACCGUCCGACGAGCUCAUCCGCCUGUCGCCCUUUAUUCGCUCCAAGGUCCUGGAGCAAGGCACCUUUGGCGUGUCGCAUACCCGUGUCCCCACCGAGUCGCGGCCAGGCCAUGUUGCCCUCAUUGCGGGCCUGUACGAGGACGUCUCGGCCGUGACGACGGGGUGGCAGUUGAACCCGGUCAAUUUUGACAGUGUGUUCAACCGUAGCCGACACACGUGGAGCUGGGGCAGUCCCGAUAUCCUGCCUAUGUUCAAGGAGGGGGCGGAGCCUGGCCGUGUGGAUGCGGACUCGUACGGCGAAGAGGCGGAGGACUUCAAUGCCGAUGCGACGUACCUGGAUACAUGGGUAUUUGACAAGGUGCACGAACUCUUUGAGUCUGCAAAGACCGAUCCGGAGCUUGAGCGGAAGCUGCGCCAAGAUAAAUUAGUUUUCUUUCUGCACCUGCUGGGCCUGGAUACCACCGGUCACGGAUACCGACCGUAUUCCAAGGAAUACCUGCACAAUAUCAAAGUGGUGGAUCACGGCGUUCAGGCAGUCACUAAGCUGGUAGAGGACUUCUACGGUGAUGGCAAGACUUCUUUCAUCUUCACUGCGGAUCAUGGUAUGAGCGAUUUGGGCAGUCAUGGUGACGGCCACCCCGAUAAUACGCGGACCCCUCUUGUUGCAUGGGGUUCUGGUGUCGCACAGCCUCUGACCACUAACACGGGCAUUGCGCCUGGACAUGAGGAUGGAUUCUCGUCGGACUGGGGAUUUGAUCAUGUCCAUCGCCAUGACGUGGCACAGGCAGAUGUGGCUGCCCUGAUGGCCUAUCUGGUUGGUGUUGACUACCCUGUUAACUCCGCACAGGCCGCCCUGGCCAACACACGGGGUGUAUUGGAGAUGUACCGUGUCAAGGAGGAGCAGAAGCGGUCCGCGGUGCUUCGAUAUGUGCCCUUCGAGCCUCUCUCCGGUGACGGCGAGACCUCCAUUGAAGGCCGCUUUGCCAACCUGGAGGCGCUCAUUUCCAACGGAGCCUACGAGGAGUCGAUUGCCCUGUCAUCCGAAUUGCUGGCUGCCGGUCUCGAGGGCCUUCGCUAUCUGCAAACAUAUGACUGGCUGUUCCUGCGGACUAUUGUCUCUCUUGGAUACCUGGGCUGGAUUGCGUAUGCUCUCACUACGGUUAUUGAUCUGCACGUUUUGCAUGGAACCUCCGACUCCCACCGGACCACCGCCAGCAUCUCACUCUUCUCGUCGAUCCUGGUGGCACUAUUCUCUGUGUUCCUGUACCAGGGAUCUUCAUGGCGCUACUACUUCUAUGGAUUCUUCCCUGUUUAUUUCUGGGAGGAAGUCUUUGCGCGCCGCAAGGCCUUGACUGCUGGCCGGGAGAUUGUCCUGGGCCAUGUUCGCUCUUUCUCUGGAUACCUGAGCUUUGGAGUACAGCUGGUGGCAUUCGUCGGUGUUUUGGAAGCAUUGGUCCAAUCCUAUUUUCAUCGAGAAAUCUUCACUGUUUGCUUUGGACUGGCUGCCUUCUGGCCUCUCGCCUAUGGAUUUAAAUUCAUUUACGCUCAUCUGUACUUGAACGCUACCUGGGCACUUGGAUGUCUUUUGAUGAGUACCUUUACUCUGCUGCCAGUCGUCAAGGUCGAGGAUCUCACUACUAUUACCUACGGAGGACUUCUCAUGUUUUUGACUGGUGUUCUAUAUCUUCUGUUCGAGGAUACUAUUCUUGGCCGUGGCAGCUCUCAAUCGCGGACCAAUAAGGUCGGGUCACGAAUUAUCAUGGGCUUCCAGGUAGGCAUGGUUCUUCUUGCCGUGAUUGUCACCCGGUCAAGUGUCACAUCUCUCCAGGCCCGCGAAGGCCUACCAUUUGGCAAUCAAGUGGUCGGAUGGUUUGUCCUGGUAGCCUCUGUCACUCUGCCAUUCAUCCACCGACUAUAUCCAGACAGCCACUACCUCCACCGCCUGAUGAUCAUCUUCCUGACCUUCUCCCCGGUGUUUGUUAUUCUCACCAUCUCCUGGGAGGGCCUAUUCUACUUGGUCUUCUGCAUGACCCUGGUAACCUGGGUCCGCCUGGAACACGCCAUCUACGUGCACACAGCCGGAUCCAACGCAGUCCAAUCCAAGGAGGCAGUUCGCAAUGGAUCCGCAGCCCCUUCCAAGCCCGCCCCAACAGGCUCCGCGACCGUCGACGGCCUCACCUACCACUACCGAGCCCUCACCCUAUCCGACACCCGCGUGGCGCUUUUCUUCUUCUUCCUCCUCCAAUCUGCCUUCUUCAGCGUCGGCAACGUCGCCUCCAUCUCCACUUUCGCCCUCGACAGCGUCCGCCGCCUAAUCCCCGUCUUCAACCCCUUCACGCAAGGCGCCCUCCUAAUCGUGCAAAUCCUCAUUCCAUUCGCCAUCAUUAGCGCGAAUCUAGGCAUCCUCAACCGCCGCCUGGAAGUCGCGCCCAGCGCCCUCUUCAUGAUCGUCAUGUCUAUCUCGGAUGUCAUGACCCUGAACUUCUUCUAUAUGGUCCGGGACGAAGGGUCUUGGCUCGACAUCGGCAUGACCAUAAGCCACUUUUUCAUUGCCAGUCUACUGUGCACGUUCGUUGCGGGCCUGGAAUUUCUCAGCGAGCUCUUUGUUAGUGGCGUUGAUUUUGGGCCUGCGGCGACCGCGCUUGGGUCUGCGGUGGCGCAGGCUGUGAAUGAGACGGUGGAUUGUGGCCAUGAGUCUUUGAAAGAACCUAAGAAUGGCAAGAAGAGCCGUUCGCGGAAGGGAAGGAAGGGGCAGUAG